AUGCACAUCCACGACGUACUCAUCAUCGGUGGAGGCCCGGCUGGUCUAGCAGUAGCAGCACGGCUCCGUGAACAGACACCCUCGGCAACCUUCACAGAUGAUGAACAUCAACGUUACCACUGGAUUCGUAAACAUGGUCGGAAAAUGAACAUCAAAAACUACCGGACGAACAAGGACUCACUACCAACCCCACCGUCAACACCCGGGAACUCAGACUGUGGCUGCGACCAUGAGGUAGCACCCGAAGAAGCGAUAGAUAUGCUAGUGCUUGACGCCGAUGGCGCGGACUGGAUGUCAAAGUGGAAGCGCCUCUUCAAAACUUUUCACAUUGACUACCUUCGGAGUCCGAUGUUCUUCCAUGUCGAUCCUGCUGAUCGAGAUGCAUUGCUCGGGUAUACGUACGAGAAAGAGAGAGACAAAGACAUCCAAGCACUACCUGGAGUUGCCGGGAAGGAAGUGAGCAAGCACAAAAAGAAGAAGAACCUGAAGUCGCAAGGAAGGUUUUUGAGCCGCACGCCAGACGUCGAUGAAAGGGACCGAAAGGACUACUUUGUACCACGUACCGAUUUGUUCGACGCUCACUGUGAAGAGGUCAUCAAGAGAUAUCGGCUUGGCAAGGACGUAUUGAGGAAAGAGAGCGUCGUGAACAUCGAAUACGACAAUAUCUCAAAGUUCGAUGAAGCGGAUCUAGAUAGUGUCGUGUCAGAUGAUGCGAUGGCGGACGAGAGAAAAGUCUUCCGCGUCUCCACAGACCAAGGCGUGCGUUUCGCCCACCUCGUGGUUUUGGCUGUCGGUCCUGGAAAUGCGCCCUCGAUACCUCCUGUCCCUGGUCUACCAGCUCAACGUCCACACGAAGGUUUCGCGCACGCGAUGCAGAUUAAGCAGUUCCCACCACACCAUGUAAUGGCCAAAGUCAAGGCUCGCCAGUCGACCAGCAUGCUCAUUGUUGGUGGCGGCUUGACAAGCAUUCAGCUGGCAGAUCUAGCAAUCAAGCGAGGCGUGAACAAAGUAUGGAUGCUCAUGCGCGGUCCGCUCAAGGUCAAGCACUUUGACGUGGACCUAGAGUGGGUGGGCAAGUUUCGGAAUUUCAAGCAAGCCGAGUUCUGGACGGCAGAUACUGAUGAAGAGCGCUUUGAGAUGAUAGUGCAAGCCCGGAACGGAGGAAGUAUGACGCCGCGGUACCGGAAAAUUCUUGAUACGCAUGUCGCACACGGGAAGAUCGAGCUUAAGACCUAUACUCAACUCCAGUCCGUAUCGUGGGACCAAAGCUCGAAAACAUGGGCCUGCGAAGCCGCGUCCACAGAUUCGGAGCCCAAACUGCCGUCUAUCGACUACAUGGUCUUUGCCACUGGCAUUCAGUCAGACAUCCGUACCAUCCCCUACCUUCAGAACAUCCAACAAGAGUAUCCUAUCAAGUACGUUGGCGGUCUGCCAUGCUUGAAUGAAGACUUGAUGUGGGACGAUGAAGUUCCUCUGUUCGUGACAGGACGACUGGCCGGAUUGAGACUUGGCCCUGGCGCGCCGAAUCUGGUUGGCGCAAGAGUAGGCGCUGAGCGAAUCGCUUGGAAUGUGGACGAUGCUUUAAAGAAACUGGGGAAGCUGAAUAGCAGAGCGCAGGAUGAAAGCGAUGAUAACAGUGGCGACGAGAAGAUGGCGGCUUAUGCUGCAGCGAGGGAUAACCGGUUCGAUAGUUUGUUCGAGUUGGAUGAUGCGGCAGCGUAG